AUGGAGGACGAUGACGAGGAAAAGAACGUGGAUAAAAGAGACCAUAUCAUCAGUAAGGAUGAGCGAUCUUCUCAUAACAUAACACCAUCUGACCGUGGUUUUUGUUCGCAAAGGAAUGAACCAACAUCAGGUACCAUAGCAACGUCUGACAGUGGUUAUGGUUCACAACGUGAUGAAUCAACAUCAGGUACCAUAGUAAUAUAUGACCGUCGCUAUGGUUCACAAAGACAUGAAUCAACAUCAGAUACCAUAGUAACAUCUGAUCGUCGCUAUGGUUCACAACGAGAUGAUACAACUCCAGGUACCAUAGCAGCAUCUGACUGUGGUCAAACUGACCUCAACGAUAAGUUAGUUACACAGGUUGGAGAAGGAUGUUCAACGCAAGAUGACAGUGAGAUGAUUCAGCAUCAUCAACAAACAGAUAUCCGGUCUACUUUGACAGGUGAUGACCCAACACUUAUUGGAAAACAAUCUACAGUGAUAUACAACUUCAGUGGGCGAAAACGUAAAAGUGAUACCAUGGAAACUUCGGAAGACCGUGACAAUCCCUUCAGUAAACAACCUCAUUAUGAAAAUAAUAUGUCAGUUGAAAGAGCGACAUCAAAUAUCAAAGAGUCAUUUGGGAGCGGAGCGUGCAAUACUAGAUAUGGUCGGACAGAAGAUACAAAUGUUAAAAAUGCCUAUGACGAUUCGGCAGUUUCAGAAGUCCGACAAGGGCAAAAACGUAAACGUGAUGCCAUCGAAACUUUGGAUUGCCGUGACAUCCCCUCCAGUAAACAACAGCAAUAUAAAACUAACACAACAGCUGGACGAACGACAUCAAAUACCAUAGAGGCAUUUGAGGGCGGACAAGGAGCUCUAAUUCCGCAUCAAAAUGAAGUCAUUCAGGUACAGAAUCGGUCGAAACUCUGUAUAACUUCAAAAGGUGACGGUCCAAUGCUGGUCGGAGACAAGUCUAAAGUCGUGUACAAUAUCACUGAAAAUUGCUCCGAGGCUAUUGAAGACUUAAAUCGAGAGAUGCGUGAAGUAGUGCAUCAAAGCGAAUCUCAGUUGAGGAAGGCAAUAGCGGAGGCUGAGGAGAGCAUAGUUGAAAAAAUAUCACAGCAAUUGGAAGUUCCAGAUCGUGGUAAAUCUACUCAUGCGUGUGACCAAGGAAAGAAUUUCGACCAUGAUUACCAGGAUUGGUUAAAAGAAAAAGAAAAAACGAUGCAGGAUUUAUAUGAUGGAUAUGAACAGAGAAUGAAACAACACGAGGAAAUGAUAAUGUCAUCUAUCAAAAAAAGGGAAAAUAUUGAUCAGACGGAGCAACGAAACAUUAUCAGUCAAACAGAGAACUGGGUACAGGAACAACGAAGUACAUUUCAGUUCGUAACGACGAAGGCCUUUGACUGUGCCAAAGAAAAUAUCAAAGAGAAAAGGUUUGUGGUUAUAAGGGGAGAUUCCGGGUCAGGAAAAACACGUUUAGCUACUGAACUUUUAGAUUGGCUUCAUUCUCCAGCGCAAAAACACACAUUUAAUUGCAAGAAACCCUUACGCCUCCCAAGCCUUCAGCGCUGGGAUAAGGUAAUUUCAGCUAAUGCAAAUCUUUCCAUUUUAUUGGAUGACCUGUUAGGUUAUAGUUCUAAUGUAUCACAAGAUUUGACAUGGUGGAAACAGCAUGGCGAAAUGCUCAAUUCGAUCGUAGUGGGGAAGGAAUCAGCAAACCAUUUGAUCAUUACAUUAAGAAAUGACAUAUAUAACGAGUACAAACCGAAGUUCGAUUGUCUCUCACUGUUUGAUGAUAGGCAUGUCAUUGAUCUCAGCUCGCCUGAAUAUGUUUUACGGGAUGAAAGGGAAACACUUCUCACGACAUAUACACAGACGAUAGAUAAUUUCAAACCAUUUUCAGAAAUUGAGAUCAAUCAAAUCACUGCCGUUUCUCCACCGAUCGGAUUUCCUGAAUGUUGCCGUAUAUUCAGAAAAACGCCAGAUUUGCAUCCAGAAAGAGUGGAGUAUUUUAGAAAACCAUUACAAAGUAUUAGAUCAGUUAUCACGGAAAAGUUUAACAGAGCGAAACAAACAGCACUAAUAUACAUUUUGUUAUCUCGAGAACCUGUCUCAACAAAUUUGCUGGAUUUUGAAAGAGAAUGUUUCGACAAAGAAGGGAUAACACGUGCGUUCAAUGUUUCUUCUCAUGUCUUUCCUGAUUCAAAGCAUAUAACCACAGACAUUGCAACACAACUACCGUGUCUACAGAAAGGCCUUGAUGUUUUAUGUGAUUCAUUUGUGCGAAAAGAGAAAGGUGUCUAUAAAUUCUUCCAUGACUCGAUACAAGACGUUAUUGCUAUCCUCUAUGGGAAGAAAACGCCAAGAGGUUUCCUUAAUAACUGCCCAAGUAGUUGUUUGCAUUACGUAGCAACAACUGAAUGCAAAGAUAUACUACAUAAGGUAGUGAUAGGGGUGGACAAUUAUGAAAUCGCUUACCAACGUAUAGUGCGAGAACUUGAUUCAAAGCAGCACUCAAGUUACAUUGCGGUAUCUUCGAUGUCAUCAUGGAAUAAUGAAGAAUUUCUCACUGGAUUUUUCUAUUGGCUCAAAUCAAAGAAAUAUUCCACAGAAGACUAUUUUAUUAGAUUGAAAACAGGAGAACCAUUAAUGUAUUCGGAUAACAGAUUUAUUCAUCUCAUGGAUAUUGCAAAAAAGAGAGGAGACACUCCAAGUUGCUUUCUGAUCUACGCUGCUAAAAUGAAUUCGAUUAACCUGCUUUGCCAUAUCGCUAACAAUUUAGAUAAAGUAGACUUAAUAAACCAUAUGAAAUAUGCAUUAGACGUAGCACUCUCAGAAGGAAGCGUUCAGUGCUCGACCUAUCUCCUUAACAAAAACAUCGAGCCUGAUGGUACGUCGUGCUUCUGUGCAGCACUUGGUGGAAACAUUGAAAUAAUGAAGAUAUUAGAUAAAUCACUAAGAAAACUCAAAGACAGCGAAAAGUGGGACAUUUUAUGUGCGGCAUGCGUUGUUGGAAAGCACGAGAUGUGUGCCUAUCUUUUAGAGAUAUUCCCGGACCUGUUGUCACAUAGGGACAAAAACAACAAUGACCAUUUGUUACACAUAAUUGCGAAAACAGAGUCUAUAGACUGUUUUCGAAUAGUAGCUAACUUAUUAAUUCAGGAAUGUCAGAGUAACGAGGAAAUAAAACAGUCAAUCAAAGCAUUGACAAAUCAAAACGGCUCCACUGUUUUACACCUGGCAUUUCAAUCAAAACAAAGAAUUAUGAUAGUGUACCUGAUGAAACAAUAUCCCUAUCUGUUAACACAAAAAAAUCCAAAUAGUACUAAUGAUCUGGCUUCGACAGCAAUGUCCUGUAAGCUAGGUAUACUUACAGUGAAAGACAUUGAACGCGUUAUAAAGAGUAUUUGUCAGAACGACAUGAUGGAAUCGCUGAUAGAUGAAGAUGGUGACUCAAUUUUACAUUGGAUGUGCAGGUGUGGAAAUGAAGAACUAUGUGUAAAGCUAUUAACCAUAUGUCCGCCGUAUUUUCAGAAAAACCACAAAGGUCAUAGCUGUCUCCAUUACAUGGUGUUGGCUGGCAAAUUAGAAUGUUUCAAAUCAGCAGCUGCCUUUAUGAUUCAAGGUAAAAACAAAGAGGAAAGGGACAAAUUCAUGACAGAUAACAGUUCAGGUUUCACAUUUUUGCAUUGUGCAAGUGCAAAAGGACACACACAUAUUUGCUUGUACUUAAUCGGAGAAUAUCCUACAUUGCUUCACAAAAAAAACCAAAUCGGUGGUCAAUGCCUUCAUUUGGUUGCUAAAUCCGGAAAGGUAGUGGACAUGUUUGGAAAGAUAUUAGCAGUCCUAAACUUUUAG